AUGGAUUUCGAGGGUAACACAAACCGCAUCAUAGCGUCCAUUCGCGAGGCGAAGGCGCGAGGCGCGUCGUACCGGAUCGGGCCGGAGUUGGAAAUUACGGGCUACGGCUGCGAGGACCACUUCCUCGAGCAUGACACGUGCCAGCACGCCUGGGAGUGUCUAGCCGCCAUCAUCGCAAGCGGCGCUACAGCCGGCAUCCUGUGUGACAUCGGGCUGCCAGUGGAGCACCGCGGGGUGCGCUACAACUGCCGGGCGCUCGUCCACAGCCGUCGGAUCCUGCUGCUGCGCCCCAAGAUGGAUCUGGCGAAUGAUGGAAACUACCGGGAAACGCGCUGGUUCGCCACGUGGAAGCGGUUGGGAGUGGUAGAGAGCGUGCGGUUACCAGCGGUGGUUACCGCGGCGUGUGAGGGGCAGCGGGAGGUGCCUAUUGGGGAUGGCGUGCUGGAUCUGCUGGAUAGCACCCUGGCGAGUGAGACGUGUGAGGAGCUCUUCACCCCUCUAGCUCCUCACAUCCGAGCGGCACUGGCGGGGGCAGAGGUGGUGGGCAACGGCAGUGGCAGCCACCACGAGCUGCGCAAGCUGGGCACGCGUGUGGGGCUGGUGCAGUCUGCUACGAGCAAAGCAGGGGGGGUUUACUUGUAUGCCAACCAGAAGGGGUGCGACGGCGGACGUCUAUACUAUGACGGGUGUGCGAUGGUGGUGGUGAACGGGCAGGUGGUGGCGCAGGGAUCGCAGUUCACAUUGGCUGACGUCGAGGUGGUAACCGCUACAGUGGACCUCGACCAGGUGGCGAGCUACAGGGGCGCCAUCAGCAGCCUGAGGGAGCAGGCCUCAGCCUCCGCCGCAGCACCCUCCACCUCCUUCCCCUCUCUUUCCUCCGCCGCCUCUCCUGCCCCGCCCAUCGUGCGCAUCCCCUCCGACAUCUCAAUCUGCCAUCCUUCAUCUGCGAGCCUUACUCUCGCCAUCUCCCAUCCCCUCCAGAUUCGCUACCACUUGCCUGAAGAGGAGAUAGCUCUGGGCCCGGCGUGCUGGCUGUGGGACUACCUGAGACGCAGUGGGGCAUCGGGCUUCCUGCUGCCGCUGUCGGGCGGCGCUGACAGCUCCUCUGUGGCCGCCAUUGUGGGGUGCAUGUGCCAGCUGGUCGCUAAAGGCGCAGUGGGGCCUCUGGCUUCCCGCUGCCGCUGGGGCGGUGCUGACUGCUCCUCGGCGGCUGCUAUUGUGGGUGGGGUGCAUGUGCCAGCUGGUCGCCAAAGGGUCAAUCAAGUCGAGUUCGGACUUGACUUUAAGGGAAUCGAGCAGGGGCGUGCAGCGCAGUGGUUGCAGAGCGAUUCACAUUCACGCCUGUCCCUUCUCUCUCCCUUACGCUGCCUCCUCACAGCUAUAGCAGAGGGCAACGAGCAGGUUCAGAAGGACGCAGAGAGAAUCACAGGGCUAUACCUGGCGGCCGGAGCGGGAGAAGAAGAGCAGAAGCGGCAUGCUGCUAUGGCCACGCGAUCGCGAACGAAGCAGCAGGCAUCGGAGAUAGGCCCGUGGCACGUGGACACAAGCAUAGACUCCGUGGUGGCUGCGGUUGUGGUUUCUUGUCUCUCCUCUCUCCUCCCCCUCUCCUGCUUCUCACCCCUCUCUCUCCUCCCCCUCAUCUCCCUCUCACCUCCUCCUCACGCACUCAACUCCCAGGCCACGCGAUCACGAGCGAAGCAACUGGCAUCGGAGAUAGGCGCAUGGCAUGUGGACACGAGCAUAGACUCCUUGGCCGCUCCUGUUGCCACAAGGGCAAGGGCGAAGCAGCUGGCAUCGGAGAUAGGCGCGUGGCACUUAGACACGAGCAUAGACUCCGUGGUCGCUGCUCUCGUGGCUCUCUUCCUCACUGUCACCGGCCUGCGACCGCGCUACAAGGUGGUGAGCAGCUUUGGCCAUCCCCCUCGUGCCUCUCUUCCUCACAGUCACCAGCCUGCGUCUCCACUACAAUGUCUUUUGAGGCGUCUCAAAAGGCAUCUCCACUACAAUGUGGGUCGACCAGGGAGGGAGGGCACAACUCGAGCUGUAUUGUGGGACACAUCGCCACUUCUCCCUCCCGCUUCUCGUCUCCCCGCCCCCUCUCGUAGCUGGAUAUCAGCAGAGAACCAGGCAGAGCAGAAUUCAGGCGCACCUGCGCAUGCUGCUCGCCUUCCUCUCUUCGUAUCUCGCCUACCCUCCCGUCUUGCUCAUCUCUCCCCGCCACCAAACAACCCCCCCCCCCCACACCAGCUGGAUGGCGGCACAUCAGCAGAGAACCUCGCCUUACAGAACAUCCAGGCGCGGCUGCGCAUGGUGCUGGCUUUCCUCUUCGCCCAGCUGCUGCCCUGGGUGCGCGGACACGGGGGGAGAGGGGGAGGAGCCGCAGGGCAGACGGGGGAGAAGGGGAAGGAGGAGGGGCGGAAGGAGAGCACUGCUGACGGACAGCAAAGGGGAGGGGAGGGAGGAGGAGGGGGAGGGGGAGAAGAGAAGGUGCCAGUGGAAGGGGUGUUGGAGAGGAGCAAGGGGAGGGGAGGUGGGUCGGAGCAGUGGGGGGGCGGAGGGGGCUUUCUGCUGGUGCUGGGCAGCGCCAACGUUGAUGAGGCUCUGAGAGGGUACCUUACUAAGUGUCAACGUGGACGCAUUGCACUAAGGGACUAUCUCACUAAGGUGUUCUCUCCAAGGGAGCAUUGCGUAUCACACUUAUCGCUGUUGUGCCAAGUCUACCUCAAGACCACCAUCCACCCGUUCCUUCCUUCUGUCCCCGUGGCUCACUCUCCCCGCUGCUCACUCUCCCCGUUGCUCACUCUACUCUCCUCAGUACCGCAUCUAAAGCAGGACAACCGCUUUGACCUGCGGCAGUUCCUGUACAACGUGCCAUGGCCGCACCGCCCUCUCCAUUUGUUUCUUUCCCCCUGGCCCACUACACCUCCUUCCCACGCUUCCCCCACCCAUCCCCUUCCCCCUGGAAGAGCUAUUUCACAGAAGACAACCUGCGUCGAUGUGUGGCAGUUCCUGUGCAACGAGCGGUGGCACCACCCCCAUCUCCCCUUGCGUCUUCCCAACCCCCUCCCCUUCACCCUCCCCAUCCCCCGUGUUCAGAACUACUCACCGGAGGACAACCGCUUUGACCUGAGGCAGUUCCUGUACAACGUGGCAUGGCCGUGGCAGUUCAAGCGCAUCGACCAACUCGUGGCAGAACAUGAGGCCGCAGCAGCAACAGGCGCAGCAGGUGCUGCUGCUGCUACAACGCCACCAGUUGAGGGCGUGGAUGCAGCAGCAGCGUGA